AUGCCUACAAAUGUCAGAUUGCCUUUCAACAAAUACUGUAAUUACAGGGCAAGUGUAUGCUCCUUAAGGACAUGUCCAUAUUGCCAAUCCAAUGACAAGGAUCGUGACAAGAAUUAAUAGAAUGUUCGUUCUAUGUUAUCUACAGUACCAGUCAAAAGUUUGGAGUCACCUACUCAUUCAAGGGUUUUUCUUAAUUUUUUUUUACAAUUUUUUACAUUGUAGAAUAAUAGUGAAGACAUCAACACUAUGAAAUAAUACAUAUGGAAUCAUGUAGUCACCAAAAAAGUGUUAAACAAAUCAGAAUAUAUUUUAUAUUUGAGAUUCUUCAAAUACCCACCCUUUGCCUUGAUGACAGCUUUGCAUUCUCUCAACCAGCUUCACCUGGAAUGCUUUCCCAACAGUCUUGAAGGAGUUCCCACAUAUGCUGAGCACUUGUUGCCUGCUUUUCCUUCACUCUGCCGUCCGACUCAUCCCAAACCAUCUCAAUUGGGUUGAGGUCGGGGGAUUGUGGAGGCCAGGUCAUCUGAUGCAGCACUCCAUCACUCUCCUUCUUGGUCAAAUAGCCCUUACACAGCCUGGAAGUGUGUUGGGUCAUUGUCCUGUUGAAAAACAAAUGAUAGUCCCACUAAGCCCAAACCAGAUGGGAUGGCGUAUCGCUGCAGAAUGGUGUGGUAGCCAUGCUGGUUAAGUGUGCCAUGAAUUUGUGACCAGCAAAGCACCCUCACACCAUAACACCUCCUCCUCCAUGCUUUACAGUGGGAACUAUACAUGCGGAGAUCAUCCGUUCACCCACACCUCAACUCACAAAGACACAGCGGUUUGAACCCAAAAUCUCCAAUUUGGACUUGUCGUGGUAAUUAUUUGAAUCAAAGGAGAGACUUUUGGAUUUCCUCAAGACAAUAUAACUUUAUUAUCGAUUAAUUACUGCAGUAAUGUAGUUAGUCGGUAACCGCCUUGGAGGUGAUCACUGAGAACUCAGAAGAGCAGAACUGAGGUUAGAGCUCUUAUAGCAAAGACACAUCCUUCUGAAUACAUGACAAACAGCAGAUGUGUGGAAUGGGUCAAAAGGUACAUUGUGCUCUCAUGCAACAGACAUCAAGAUUUACAUGGAGCCACAUAUCUGUCUCUAGUUCAUUUAAUGAUUGUUUAUACAGAAAUACUAAUAUAACCUAGAACACUAGGUCAAUCCCUCAAAUGAUUAAGUCCAGUGUUCAUCUUCCAUAUAGGAUAAAUAAACUGGAAAUUGGAUCUCCCUUGCACCGACACACAGGCACACAGACACAAAUCAUGGAAUGGAAUGGAAAACCCUAUUAUGUUCCCUCUCAGAAGAACAGACAGUGUGAAUGUACUAAUAUAUCUAAUACAUUCUAAUAUAAAAGUAAUGUGAUUAACAAUAAUGUUGUAAUUCUACGACAGACUCCAGACCAAAGGACACAUUUCCACCCGUCUAAUGUCCAUUGCUUGUGUUUCUUGGCCCAAGCAGGUCUCUUCUUCUUAUUGGUGUCCUUUAGCAGUGGUUUCGUUGCAGCAAUUUGACCAUGAAGGCCUGAUUCACACAGUCCCCUCUGAACAGUUGAUGUUGAUGUGUCUGUUACUUGAACUCUGUGAAAAAUUCAUUUGGGCUGCAAUUUCUGAGGCUGGUAACUCUAAUGAACUUAUCCUCUGCAGCAGACGUAACUCCGGGUCUUCCAUUCCUGUGGCGGUCCUCAUGAGAGCCAGUUUCAUCGUAGCACUUGAUGGUUUUUGCGACUGCACUUGAAAAACUUUAAAAGUUCUUGAAAUGUUCAGUAUUGACUGACCUUCAUGUCUUAAAGUAAUGAUGGACUGUCGUUUCUCUUUGCUUAUUUGAGCUGUUGUUGCCAUAAUAUGGACUUGGUAUUUUACCAAAUAGAUCAAACACAAACUUAGACGGAUUAUUCAGAUUUAGCUGGCUUUAGAUACUUACAAUAAUCUAUCCACUCAGAAAUCGUCUGUUUGGAAUUAUGAAUUUAAGAUUUAUUUUCACAACACAACUGAUUGGCUCAAAUGCAUUAAGGAAAUCAAUUCCACAAAUUGACUUUUAAGGAGGCACACCUGUUAAUUGAAAUGCAUUCCAGGUGACUACCUCAUGAAGCUGGUUGAGAGAAUGCCAAGAGUGUGCAAAGCUGUUUGUUUAACACUUUUUUAGGUUACUACAUGAUUCCAUAUGUGUUAGGUCAUAGUUUUGAUAAAAAUAAAAGAAAAACCGUUGAAUGAGUAGGUGUGUCCAAACUUUUGACUGGUAGUGUUUAUCAGCUGCAAUGCAAACCACCAUAUGCAAACCUUUUCACCACCAAAAAUGAGCAACAAUGUGUUGAAUAAUGUAUGUAUGUUGACAGGAAGUCCAUAGUAUUUGUAUUUCCUGCCACACAUCACCCAUCUUAUGGACAGGUUUUUGUGUAAUCAGAUUUGUACCAUGAAAUGUAAUUCAGCCCACCGUGCCAACAUUCAUCUGUCAGAUCAUUUGCUGUGACACUGAAAGGUCAAGUGUAAUUAAAUAUCCUAUAGAGGAGCUGAGAAUCCAGCCUGGUCUCAUAGACUAGACGUAACAUAGUAAAUGUAAAUCCGGAACGUUGAAAUUAGUAUGAUACAUUACGUUUGGUAUGGUUACAUAGGACAGACGGUUACUUAAGGCAAACGUCUAGCAAACCAAAGGUUGCGAGUUUGAAUCUCAUCACGGACAACUUCAGCAUUUUAGCAAAUUAGCAACUUUUCAACCAAUAACUACUUUUUAGCUACUUUGCAACUACUUAGCAUGUUAGCUAACCCUUCUCCUAACCCUAACCUUAACCCUUUAACCUAACUCCUAAACCUAACCUUAACCCUUAGCCUAGCUAACGUUAGCCAGCUAGCCACCUAGCUACAAUUCGUAACAUAUCACAUGUUUUGCGAAUUUGUAACAUGUUGUAUGUUUUGAAAAUUCAUGACAUACACUACUGUUCAAAGUUUGGGGUCACUUAGAAAUGUCCUUGUUUUUCGAAAGAAAAGCAAUUUCUUUGUCCAUUAAAAUAACAUCAAAUUGAUCAGAAAUACAGUGUACACAUUGUUAAUGUUGUAAAUGGCUAUUGUAGCUGGAAACAGCUGAUUUUUUUUAUGGGAUAUCUACAUAGGCGUACAGAGGCCCAUUAUCAGCAACCAUCAGUCCUGUGUUCCAAUGGCACGUUGUGUUUGCUAAUCCAAGUUUAUCAUUUUAAAAGGCUAAUUGAUCAGCUUCAUUAAAUAGUAUCCGCAAAACACCAGUCUCAACGUCAACAGUGAAGAGGCGACUCCGGGAUGCUGACCUUCUAGGCAGAGUUGCAAAGAAAAAGCCAUAUCUCAGACUUCCCAUCUUAAUCUUUUAUUUUUAUUGGGCCGUACGCAUUACACUCUGUAGUGCCUUGCGGUCGGAGGCCGAGCAGUUGCCAUACCAGGCGGUGAUGCAACCAGUCAGGAUGCUCUCGCUGGUGCAGCUGUAGAACUUUUUGAGGAUCUGAGGACCCAUGCCAAAUCUUUUCAGUCUCCUGAGGGGGAAUAGGCUUUGUCGUGCCCUCUUCAUGACUUUCUUGGUGUGUUUGGACCAUGAUAGUUUGUUGGUGAUGUGGACACCAAGGAACUUGAAGCUCUCAACCUGUUCCACUACAGCCCUGUCGAUGAGAAUGUGGGCGUGCUCAGUCCUCUUUUUUUUCCCUUUGUCCACAAUCAUCUCCUUUGUCUUAAGCACAUUGAGGGAGAGGUUGUUAUCCUGGCACCACACGGCCAGGUCUCUGAUCUCCUCCCUAUAGGCUGUCUCAUCAUUGUCGGUGAUCAAGCCUAUCACUGUUGUGUCGUUGGCAAACUUAAUGAUGGUGUUGGAGUCGUGCCUGGCCAUGCAGUCAUGGGUGAACAGGGAGUACAGGAGGGGACUGAGCACGCACCCCUGAGGGGCCCCCGUGUUGAGGAUCAGCAUGGCAGAUGUGUUGUUACCUACCCUUACCACCUGGGGGCGGCCCGUCAGGAAGUCCAGGAUCCAGUUUCAGAGGGAGGUGUUUAGUCCCAGGGUCCUUAGCUUAGUGAUGAGCUUUGAGGGCACUAUGGUGUUGAAUGCUGAGCUGUAGUCAAUGAAUAGCAUUCUCACAUAGGUGUUCCUCUUGUCCAGGUGGGAAAGGGCAGUGUGGAGUGCAAUAUAGAUUGCAUCAUCUGUGGAUCUGUUGGGGCAGUAUGCAAAUUGGAGUGGGUUUAGGGUUUCUGGGAUAAUGGUGUUGAUGUGAGCCAUGACCAGCCUUUCAAAGCACUUCAUGGCUGCAGACGUGAGUGCUACGGGUCGGUAGUCAUUUAAGCAGGUUAUCUUUGUGUUCUUGGGCACAGGGACUAUGGUGGUCUGCUUGAAACAUGUUGGUAUUACAGACUCAGUCAGGGACAUGUUGAAAAUGUCAGUGAAGACACUUGCCAGUUGGUAAGCGCAUGCUGGGAGUACACGUCCUGGUAAUCCGUCUGGCCCUGCGGCCAUAUGAAUGUUGACCUGUUUAAAGGUCUUACUCACAUCGGUUACAAAUGAGAUGAGUAAAGCAAAAAUAUGUAAACAUUAUUAAAGUGACUAGUGUUCCAUUAUUAAAGUGGCCAGUGAUUCCAAGUCUAUAUAGGGCAGCAGCCUCUACGGUGCAGGGUUAUGUAACCGGGUGGAAGCUGCCUAGUGAUGGCUAGUUAACAGUCUGGUGGCUUUGAGAUAGAAGCUGUUUUCUCCGUCUCCGUCCCAGCUUUAAUGCACCUGUACUGACCUUGCCUUCUGGAUGAUAGCGGGGUGAACAUGCAGUGGCUCGGGUGGUUGUACUUGAUUAUCUUUUUGGCCUUCCUGUGACAUUGGGUGCUCUAGGUGUCCUGGAGGGCAGGUAGUUUGCCCCCUGUGAUGCGUUGGGCAGACCGCACUACCAUCUGGAGAGCCCUGCGGUUGCGGGCGGUGCAGUUGCUGUACCAGCCGAUGAUACAGCCCGACAGGAUGCUCUCAAUUGUGCAUCUGUAAAAGUUUGAGGGUUUUAGGUGCCAAGCCAAAUUUCUUCAGCCUCCUGAGGUUGAAGAGGAGCUGUUGCGCCUUCUUCACCACACUGUCUGUGUGGGUGGACCAUUUCAGAUCGUCAGUGAUGUGUACACCGAGGAACUUGAAGCUUUCCACCUUCUCCACUGUGGUCCCAUCGAUGUGGAUAGGGGCGUGCUCCCUCUGCUGUUUCCUGAAGUCCACGAUCAGCUACUUUGUUUUGUUGACGUUGAGUGAGAGGUUAUUUUCCUGGCACCACACUCCAAGGGCCCUCACCUCCUCCCUGUAAGCUGUCUCGUCAUUGUUGGUAAUCAGGCCUACUACUGUUGUGUCGUCUGCCAACUUGAUGAUUGAGUUGGAGGCGUGCGUGGCCACUUAGUCAAGGGUUAACAGGGAGUACAGGAGGGGGCUGAGCACGCACCCUUGUGGGGCCUCUGUGUUGAGGAUCAACGAAAUGGAGGUGUUGUUUCCUACCUUCACCACCUGGGGGCGGCCCGUCAGGAAGUCCAGGACCCAGUUGCACAGGGCGGGGUUCAGACCCAGGGCCCCGAGCUUAAUGAUGAGCUUGGAGGGUACUAUUGUGUUGAAUGCUGCGCUAUAGUCCUGUGUUAAUACUCAGGUUGAACAAUACAUGGAAAACUUGUGUAGCUCAGUUGGUAGAGCAUGGCGUUUGCAACGCCAGGGUUGUGGGUUUGAUUCCCACGGGGGGCCAGUAGGAUUUUAUUUUUUACAAAAAAAACAAAAAAUAUAUGCACUCACUAACUGUAAGUUGCUCUGGAUAAGAGCGUCUGCUAAAUGACUAAAAAUGUAAAAAUGUAAAACGCAUUUCACUCAACCGCUGUGUGACUGAAUAUGAACUCAUUGGAAGUUGGAAUUGUUAAUUUAUUUGUAAAAACUCAAGCAUUGUUCUGUUCAAUCUACCUGUUUAAUUUGUGUCUCUGAUGAAUAAGAUGAGUAGGCUAUGAUCUUGUAUUGGACCAUGUUUGUGGUUAUUUAUGUAAAUAUUCAGGGUAAACCACAAAGAGAAGCUGCUUCUUAAAAGGAAAUGACAAGCAGAAAGAGUAUUGCCACAUGCUAAACUCCAUUUAUGAUUCUGCAGCAGGCUGUUUCUGUUGUGUGGUGAGUGCCUUUUUCUGAUUAAAUCCAAUGUUUUGAGAGAUGGAAUGUCAAUUGAUAUUCACUUAUUAGGCUUUAUGUUAACUUCGUUACAGUAUUGUUUUUGUUUCAUGCAUUUCUAUUUAUUUAUCUAAUUAAAAGUCAUAAAUACCUGUAGUUGUGACAGAAACAAACUGUGUCCAACCAUCUUUGUGUAUUUAUACCAUGAAUCCAGGGUGAACAGUUUAUUUGAAAAGUGAAUGUAAUUACAUGAGUUUAUCAAGAGUUGCAAAACAAGAUUCAGAAUACAUGAACCUGCAGCCUCUGUAAUAUCCAAAGGGCCGAAGUCAAUGUUAUGUGUUAAAUGCUGUGCCUGACCAGGUUUAGGUGGAGGCUGCAAUUCAAAGUUGAGCUUUAUUUUCUCUUCAUUCUAAUUUUGAAAUUGCAUGUCAAUUUCAGUUACUGAAUUUAAAUCAAUUUGAAAAGGAAAUAACUCCUACAAUAGGUAAUCAUAUAAAAGCUUAAAACAAAGUGCAGAUAACUUGUGCCUUCAAGUAAAUCAUGCAUUUGUGUCAAUGAGAGAUUUUCAUGACAUAAUCUGCCAUUUAAUGGCAAUGUGUUUUAGUUUUUUUGCUGUUUCAACUUUUUAUUUGUUUUACCCCAUGGACAUAAAAUGGUAUGAAUAUAGUACAAUGUAACUAAUAUUUUAUCACCUAGUUAACUUAACAACAUGUUCUGAGUUGACACAGCUAAAGCAGCUGGGUAACUUUUUCAAUAACAUUCAAAAUACUGACAUUUCACUCCUCAAAUCUUAAAUUAAUGUGUUGAAUGCAAUGAUAUCCAAAGGUCUGACUGUUUGUUUUCUCUACGAUGAAGCUGAUUUUUUUAUACUUGUGUUUGGACAGAACAAGAGAGCAAUGGAAACAUUCACAUUAGACACAUUUUCAAUGACUGACUAUUAUUAUGAUGAUAGCAGCCCCCCUCCUAAUCAUUCCUCAUUUGGCCAACCAUCGGAUCCGUCAGACAGUUCACAAGGGGGCUGGGUCAUACUCCUUGUGGUCAAUGUGGUUAUCCUACUGCUUGGGGUUUUUGGGAAUGGGGUGGUCAUCUGGAUCGCUGGUCUCAAGAUGAAAAAGACUGUCAACACCACCUGGUACCUCAGCCUGGCCAUCUCCGACUUCAUAUUCUGUGCCUGUCUCCCCUUCAACAUAAUCUCCAUGGUAACAAAGGAGUGGAUGUUAGGGCUCUUCAUGUGCAAGUUCACCUCUUUUGUGAUAUUCCUCAACAUGUUCAGCAGCAUCUUCCUCCUGGUCGUCAUCAGUGUUGACCGUUAUGUACUUGUCGUAUUCCCAGUUUGGGCCCAGAACCAGCGAACUGUGAGGAGGGCCUCUGUAGUUGUGGUUCUUGCCUGGGCUAUCUCUGUUGCACUGAGCAUUCCCUCCACAGUGUUUCGUCAGGUAACCACAGAUGGCACAACAAAGUGCUUUAAUGAUUACCCAUACCGAAACCGUCACAUAAUUGUAGCUGUCAGUCGAUUUGUCAGUGGCUUUGUGCUCCCACUCUUCAUCAUCAUCUUCUGCUACUCUGUCAUCAUCCUGCGACUGAGGACCAACAGGUUGACCAGGUCCUCCAAACCCUUCAGAGUCCUGACUGCACUAAUAGCCUUGUUUUUCAUCAGCUGGCUUCCAUACCAUGUCUUCAUCAUUCUGGAAUUUGGAGCCAGCGAUCAAACUUCUCUAACUGUUAUUCAUGAAUGGCUAAAGAUAUCUGCGACUCUGGCUAGUGCAAACAGUUGCAUGAACCCAUUUCUGUAUGCAUUCAUGGGCAAAGACUUCAAGCAGAAAUGCUGGAACUCUUUCCUUUCUAAGAUUGAAAAUGCUUUUGAUGAGGAGGAAGGCUCUUCAAGGAGUAGAAGGACCUCUUUCUCCCAGGCUGAUUCAAAAGUUAAUACAAAUGUCUGA